AUGGAAGCCUUCAACCUCACUACAUCAGACUUCUUCUUCAACCUCACACCUGAUAUCAUUUUUCCGCCCACCUCAUCCAGAUUUUAUCGCUUGGCGUUCUCGUCAAGCGAUUCUUCCUACCUUACCACAUCGACCGAGCUAUCCAUCUCGCAUUCCGGAGCAUCGAUACCCAGAUUCACGAGCCUCCUUCGCCAACAGUGUUUCGACAUUCGUUCACCCGUCCCGCUUGAUUCGGCCGAACUCUCAUUACCUUACCAAACGAAAACCCCUGCUGUCAUUCGAGAACACAAUAUCUGGUAUCCGUACUCAAAGGGUAUGACACCCUUCGAAAGGUGCAAAGCCCGAUGGGCGAUGUACGCGCGGCUUGGCCAGGGACAUGCGCCGGGUGCCGUGCGAGGCCCACCCUACAACGGCCGCGGCACUAGAAGCGCCAGUCGCGGUGGAACAGCCGCUGUGUCUGGACCACAUUCCAUCUCCGAGGGUCAGGUACAGCUUUCACAAGGAGGAGGACAUGGGCAAGUUGGUUUUCAUCUGGGAAAAGCCCUUGUCACUGACGGAAUGGACGGCCGUCAAAACGAGAGGUCUCCAACGCUUAUUGAACGUCUUACAUGCCUCAUCCUGGAGCGGCCCCCCUCGAUUACCUUUCGGUACCUGAUCCUCGAGACCAGCCCACCCCCUGCUCCGCCCACUGUUCAACCCGGAAAGUACAGACGAAGUACCUGUCGAUUCUCGAAGCCGCAGCAAGGAGCUGCACAGCGACAUCUUGACAUCAGCAUGGCCAUGACCACGAGCACUAAAAAAGACAAAGGCUUGUUGCUCUUCAGCUCAUCCGUUCCCUCUGCUGCCACAGCGAGCUAG